AUGAAACACCCAUUUCGAAAGGGCACCAAGCCCCAAACCGUCGAUCAGUAUUGGCACAAUCUCCACAUCAAUGAUGAUGGCACGAAAGUCGAAGUUGUGCAGUGGAUCCAAGGAAUCCAACGAAUCCAAUCCCUUGAGCCCUGUGCACUGCCGAACGUUGAAGGUUCUGGACUUCUAAUCCCCUGCUUUAUCACCAGUGGACUGCUUCGAUUCAAAACACUCGAUCUAAUCUAA